GACGUUCCGCGAGGACGACACGACCAUUGACGAAACUCUACGGGAUCGGCACGUGCUGUUUGGCCCAAGUUAGCUACUCCCACAAGGUAUGACUGUUCUUUUGUGCCGUGUUAUAACACAGUGACACGGAAGGCGUUGCUUGCCCUGGCGGCGCCUUUUAGCAACGACAUACUGACCUCAGCGCACUGUGAAACUGUGAAACGAUACCGGCGGUGCACGUGAGAGUGCUUAGUGCAUAAUCGGUUAUAGCAUGUGUUGUAUGUGAGGUUGUGGGGUUAGCUGACACGCAGGAAGUCGUGCCAUGCUGCAGACUGUAGUGCUGGUCAGAGAAACUUAUCAGAGUGAGGACUUUGAACUGUGAAACUGUGAAACUAUACCAGCGGUGCACGUGAGAGCGCCUAGUGUAUAAUCUGCCAUAGCUUGUGUUGUAGGUGGGUUAGCUGACACGCAGGAAAUCGUGCCAGACUGACGACUUUAGCGCUAGUCACGGGUAAUACAGGUGACCGCCCGCCAAAGUGGUCAUAACACAUAGGACGAGAAAUCCAUAGGAAUUGUGAAGGCCUUUUAUGAAACAGAGGUUUAUGGCUGGCGUUCGGGAAUUUGGGUUGAAUUUGGACAUUGAACAGAGUGCACAGACGAUACAAGGGAAGGAACGGAAAGGGCAAAGGGGCCCAGAGAAGCCUUCCCUGAGAUAGAAAGCCCAGAGAAAGGAGCAGGGUUGCGCGAGAGAGAUACAAGGGAAGGAACAGAAAGGGAAAGGGCCCGGAGAAGCCUUCCCGGGGUCAGGAAGGCCCAGAAAGGUAAAAUAGUAGCGCAACCGAUAAACGGGAAGGUACAGAAAGGGCAACAGGGCCCGGAGAGACCUUUCCCGAGCCCGGAGAGCCCAGAAAAUAUUGUAUAGAAAGGGCAAGAAAGGGCAACUGAUACAGGGUACAGAAAGGGCAACAGAGCCCGGAGAAGACUUACCCGAGACGACAGAAAGAACCAAAGGACUGAAAGGGAGGUCACAGAAAGGGAAAGGAAAAUGGAGAAUCCCGAAGAAGACUCCCAGGAAACAAUGCAGACACACGGAGAAGAACCCUCGAAGAGCUCGCCAGAGAAGGUAGAAACUAACAAUGGUGAUGGCGCCUUGGCUCUACAACUUCAAGAGCAGGUGCAGAGCGAUGAUGAAAGUGAGCUGGACAAAUACGAUGACGACUUUGAUGAGUUGAACAACCAGACUGGAGGGAAGGAACUUCAAUUUUCGAGGCUUUCUGAAGCUAUCUGUGGUCUAGAGGAGCGCCUCGCGGCGCGUCUCACGGAGCAGAUCGAAAGGGGAAUAGCACAAGCCAUGCUCCAAGUGAAGACACAAGAAGGUUCCGAGAGAAGGGGACAACGAGGAGAGAGAGACAUGGACAUAACACAAGAGCGCCCCGUGGAGCCGCUGAACCAGGAGCGACAGCUUUGUGUCAAGGCAUCGCAUUCUGACGAUGGUUCAACAGUAAGCACGAGUGACGCUCUCGAAAGGAAUAAAGGUCAAGGACAAAUCAUAAGCAAGACGGCCUCUGGCAGGAAUGCCUCGCCCACUCUGAGUGUAAGGAGUGUAAGGAAACAACAGCCUGAUUCGGAAGAAAGAUUCCCUUCAGCUACAGAGCCCAAGGAACCACUGUCGGCUGACGAUUUCGCCAAUAAGUGGGAGAAGGGCAUGGAGCGAAUCAUUGCCACUAUUGAGAGGCCCAAGCCGGCCAUGCCCACGUUCUCGGGCGAGUCCAGGGAAGAAUUCGCCCUAUUCAUGCGGCGUUUCACUGGUUACUUGGAAGGCCACCCUGUUCGUCCAAAAGCGAAGUUAGAAAUGCUCAUAGCGGCAUGCACAGGCGAAGAAAUGAAGGACGCCUUGGUCAUGUACACUCAAUUAGAUCCCGAGGAAGGCUAUAAAGAGGCCAUGGAAAUGCUCCAGGAGAGAUUAGGAAGCACGCAGGAUCAUAUGGAUGAAGCCAUCCACGAGCUUCAGCACGGGCCACAGAUACAAGACACCGAUAAAAGGGGACUCGAUCAGUUUAUCAAUAAAUUGUGGAAUACAUUCAUUGCCCUGCAACUGGCUGGCAGGCAGGCUGAUCUGGACAACUUUGGUAUCCUUUCGAACUUGGCGAAUCGACUUACUGGUAAGCUACGGGAGCGUUAUGAGGACCAAUUACUCAAAUAUAAAACUAAAAGGGAUUCGAGACCCGGAAUCAAGUGGUUUCGUGGCCUAUUGAUGAUAUACAGUCGAAAACUGCAGCAGGUUUUCAGCAAGACACAGGGAGAUGGCGAGAAGAAAGGGACACAAAACGCUGACAAUAAGGCCGAAGGCGGUGGCCAGGGAAGUACCGCAAAGCGAAAGGCCGAGGAGGACAGCAAGGAUGCCACGGUGAAAAGGAGGGCCAUGGGCUUUGCAUCAACAGCAGGAUGGCCACCCGGCAGGAGAAACCAAAAUGACAAGAGGCAAAACCCAACUCCGUGUGUUCUCUGCAACAGGAACCAUCCAUUAUUUGCAUGCUGGGACUUUCGCUUUAUGAGCGUGGCAGAGCGCUGGGAAGCAACGAAGAAAGCCCAAGCCUGUUAUAUUUGUUUGGGCCUUGGCCACACUGCCAGUGAAUGUAAGGUGCCCAAGCAAGUAUGUGGCCUACAAGGAUGUACGCAGAAGCACUCAAGAUGGUUGCAUAGGCCGGAGAAGCGAAAGGAUGGAGAACCCGAGAGGAUUGUGACGUUAUACACCCCGGAGGUAAAACACAAGGCAGGAUAUGCAAGACAAGAGGACGCAUGACUGCCAGUGGACAAAAUCGCCCUGCCCGUAGUGGAGGUGUUGGUAAAAGCGAAGAAGGAUUCCACAGGGGGGCACCGCACAAGAGCACUCUUAGACUCCGGCAGUAACAGGUCAUUUUGCACUGAACGUCUUCAGAUGCUGGUGGGUGCAGAGGGCAGGCCGAUUGACAUAACACUGGAUACUCUUUGCGGGGAGGAG